UUUUAAAUAAUCAGCAAAUUUACGAAGGAAUCGGAUUGUUCUUUUCCGUCCUCCUCCAGGUGUCACAUUUCAGGAAACGGCAGGUGUGGCGUUCUGUUUAGAUUCAAAACGCUACCUAGCUGGGUAACAACUUUACUACUUUGAAAGCCAGACAUUCUGGAAGUGCAGGUCUUCCGCCGCCACUUUCUCACCUGCACAUUUUGCCAUCCUUAUAGCAUAAUCAAAUAUUAAGAAAUAUUUUCGACAUUAUGAGUAAAGUUUCGAAGAUGUUUAAGGGGAGCUCCAGCUCUUCUAAGUCGAAACACAGGGCAGGUCCGUCUGCUCAGGAGGCCAUCCAUAAACUUCGGGAAACGGAGGAGAUGUUAACGAAAAAACAGGAGUAUCUGGAGAAAAAAAUCGAGCAGGAAAUCGCGACCGCGAAACGGCAUGGGACCAAAAAUAAAAGAGCUGCCCUGCAGGCACUAAAGAGGAAGAAGCGCUUUGAGCAACAACUGACUCAGAUUGAUGGAACCCUCUCCACCAUCGAGUUCCAGCGAGAGGCGCUGGAGAAUGCCAACACCAACACGGAGGUGCUCAAGACCAUGGGGUUUGCUGCCAAGGCCAUUAAAGGAGUGCACCAGAACAUGGACCUGGACAAGAUAGACUCUCUGAUGCAGGAUAUCACCGAGCAGCAGGAAGUUGCUCAGGAGAUAUGUGACGCUAUCUCCCGGCCAUUUGGAGAGGAGUUUGAUGAGGACGAGCUGCUAGCGGAGCUGGAGGAGCUGCAGCAGGAGGAGCUGGAGGAGAGCAUGCGGAACAUGGGCAGGCUGCCCAGCGUGCCGUCCACCGCGCUGCCCAGCCGGCCGAGCCAGCGCGCCCAUUCCAAGAAGAGAGUGGAGGAUGAUGCAGAUAUGGAGAGGCUGGCCUCCUGGGCUUCCUAACUCCCUCCGUCCCUAUUUGCCCACACAUAACUGCCACACUCGAUCAUACAAAACACAGGUGUUUGUGAUUGGCUGUAUGGUUUAUGAGUGAAAUGUGUACAUGGUGGCUUUGAAAGUUCAGGAUUUAAUUUUUUUUUUUUUUUUGCAUCCAGGGUAGUAUCUGAAUCUGAUUUGAUUGCUUUUAUCUCUGUUGUAUAUACUGCCCACGCAUAAGGUAGAGGACAGAAAGUUAUGUUAAUUACAGUUUCUAUGAAGGGUCCUACACAAUAAAACCUGACUAAGCAUAACUUAUUUCUUUGAUAAGCACUGCCUAAAUAUAUAUAAAUGCUUAUGCCAACUGAAAAACUCUCUUAGGCUGUUGUAUAAUGUCAUCUAUGUCAUAACUGACUCUGGACGUAACAAAGCAGAAUGUCAUUGUCACAUGGCAUGGGUGGUUACACAGCACAGGCUGCAACACUACAUCAGUUGGCGUAAGUGGUUAUGUGUCAUUACGUGAUGAAGAAUUAUGUAACUCUUACAAAAGCUAUGGAAUUCUUGUAUAGAGCACCGCUUUGAAAGUGUUAGUAGUAGUCCUAGUAGUGUCCUACUUUGCAGGUGUGAAGUAACUCCUUUCAGGGUAAAUGAUAUGAAGGAAUGAAAGCAUGCUGAGUGGUGGGUUGAACAGUGGAUACUGUAUCUAAAGGUGAUGGGUUAGGAUGCUGCUGUUGUAUCGUUGAGCAAGGGGCUUUGCCUCACUUAAAGAUCCGGUUUUAUGAAUAGGUUAUAUUGUGCAUAAAGUGCAACAUUUUAAUUAUUUUAAAUUGCCCUGGAUAAGGGUGAGAGACUGCUAAGUACAUAAUGAUGAAUACAAGCAUUGUUACUGUUGGAAUUGUCAAAUGGACUGCAA